AUGUUGUUGCCCAAGGGCGGUGUUAAUUGGAAGUCGGCCAAGGCCAGACUGCCACCAUGGAGGGCAAUCGUCGUGCUGUUAACAAGGACUCGGUUCCUGGUCUCCAUCGCCCUGGCAGGUCUGCUCCUCCUGAUGUGGCGCGGCGUCAGCAAGUCAGCCUCCGAGAUGCAAAAUUUCUACUGCUAUGGAUCGAGCAAAUCACCCAUGGAGAUGUCCCUCAACGAGAUGGUUGAGUGGAAUGCGCAUGCUCAGACCCCCGUCCUCUUCAACCGCCACGAACCUUACGAAGUCAACUCCACCUCCAUCGACGACGUCGACCUGAACCCGAUCAAGUCGACCAUCCAGGCCGUUCAAAACCGCGAGCGUGUCCUCAUCCUCACGCCUCUGCGGGACGCCGCUCCUUACCUGGCCAAAUAUUUCGACCUCUUGUAUAAGCUGACCUACCCCCACGAUUUGAUCGACCUGGCCUUCCUGGUCGGUGAUUGCAAGGACGAGACCCUGGCCAACCUGGCCUCCGAAUUGGACCGGAUCCAGAACCACGCCGAUGAGAAGGUCCGCUUCCGCAGUGCGACCGUCGUCCGGAAGGAUUUCGGUGCCGACACCGAGAUGAGCGUGGAGGAGCGCCAUUCAUUCCAGGCCCAGGGCCCGCGACGCAAGGCGAUUGGUCGUGCCCGCAACUACCUGCUUUACUCCGCUCUCAAGGCGGAUCACUCCUGGGUGUACUGGCGGGAUGUGGACAUCACCGACUGCCCGGAGCGGAUCUUGGAGGACUUCAUGGCCCACGACAAGGAUAUCCUCGUUCCUAACAUCUGGUUCCACCGCUACAGGGAUGGUCACGACAUUGAGGGUCGCUUCGACUACAACUCAUGGAUCGAGUCCGACAAGGGCCGCCGCCUACGCGCAACUCUUCCCGCCGACACUGUUCUGGCCGAAGGCUACAAGGAAUACGACACCGGCCGUACCUACCUCGUUGGAAUGGGCGACUGGCGCAAGAACAAAGAUGAGGAGGUCGAACUUGAUGGUAUUGGUGGUGUCAACAUCCUCGUCAAGGCGGACGUUCACCGCUCCGGUAUCAACUUCCCCGCCUACGCCUUCGAGAACCAAGCCGAGACCGAAGGCUUUGCUCGGAUGGCCAAGCGUGCUGGCUACAAGGUGAUUGGACUGCCCAACUACGUGGUCUGGCACAUUGAUACCGAUGAGAAGCCCGGCAACCUUGGCGACCGCAAGGCGUUCUAG